AUGUGCCAGCUUAGAUGGUUGGACCAACAGAACCCAACGGAAGGAUCACUGAUUUCCAGCCAGGCUACGUGGACGAAGGAGACCUUGCCGCCACCUCUGGAUCAUGAGAUUGAGUUCAUCUUGAAGGAUCCAACUAGCUACAAGCAGGGUCAAUCAGUGUAUUCUCAUUCAAAAACUCUCCACGGCUGCUUCACUUUUCGACUUUUGGUCUUCCCAAUGGGAACAGAAGUCACAGCCCCACCGAGCCAGCUCGCAGCCUUUGUUGAGGCUCCAGGGAAGCAAAACAAAAAGCAACUGGGUCGAUACCAAAGAACCCCAACAUGUCGAAGAUCAAAGAACCUUUCCAUCAUCGUUCUGAUUCGUUCUGCUUGUUUUUGGAAUGUUCAAUGGGGCAUCAGGAUCCAUUCCCAAGCAAGUCUUAUGGAAGACAGGUCUGGAGCCCUUGGUGGCUGA